UUAGCGCCUCCUAUUUUAACUCGCUCCCUCCUCCUCCGGGUCCUCCGCUGUUGUUAUGCCCCGCUUCUUCGCCCCCUCCCGCCCGCGGGUGUCUCCCUCCCUUGCCCGGCGCUGCGCUCCGCGGAUCCUGCUGCCGCCGCCGCUGCUCCCCUCCCGUAUUGUUUGGCUGGGUGUCUCUAAUGGCGGACAGGAGGCGGCAGUGCUGCCGGCCGACUGCAGGGGGGCAAACCCGAGACCCGGGGCAACUGCUGAGGGAGCGUGCGGGGCGCAAGGGCGUUAUUCCAGCCCAGAGGGGUGGCUGCUGAGGGCUCUGUGCCCCCCGCGGCCGGGGACUCCGCUGAGGGGCUGUUCGGGCAAGUUAGCAGGACAUUUCAACCAAGCACAUCAAGUUAAUUGGUAUAAGAGGAAUAGACCCUACACUGGAGCACUUGAGAGCAACUUAUUAAGCUUAUCUGGAAUGGACAGAAGUUCUCUGGGAGGAUUAGAACUGUCUGAACAUACUUCUGGUUUACUAGGAACUACUGCCAUGGCAACCGGUCUUGCAAAUAUAGGAAAUUCUUUUGGAGGUCCGCCUAAUACUCUAGUUUCUAGAACUAAUAAAUUCCAAAACCCAUCUAUAGAAGAUGAUGAUGAUGUUGUUUUUAUUGAACCAAUUCAACCUCCACAGACUUCUACAUCACUGAUAUCUGAUCAGAGAAAUACUGCAUUUAUUUCAUUAAAAAGCGACGAGCUUCAAGGAAAUGAUUCCAAAAUGCUUCCUCCUUCAAAAGACUUAAGUUCUCAAAAGGGAAGUAUAAGUGAGACAAUUAUUAUUGAUGAUGAAGAAGAUAUUGAAACAAAUCCAGGACAAGAGAAGAAUGCUUCCAAUUUUAAUGAACGAAGACUUCCAGAGUGUAAAAAUAGAUCCAGCGAUAUGGAAUUCUCAGCUUCCAGUUUUUCAAGAAGUAAGGUAAAUGCAGGAAUAGGUAAUAGUGGUAUAACCACAGAACCAGACUCUGAAAUUCAGAUUGCUAAUGUUACCACGUUAGAAACAGGUAUGAGCUCUGUGAAUGAUGGUCAUUUAGAAAAUACUGAAGGGCGUGACAUGAACUUAAUGAUUACACAUGUAACAUCACUGCAGAAUACCAACUUGGGAGAUGUGUCUAACGGACUGCAGUCAAGUAAUUUUGGUGUUAAUAUACAAACAUACACCCCAUCUUUAACUUCACAGACCAAGACUGGUGUAGGACCUUUCAAUCCUGGUAGAAUGAAUGUGGCUGGAGAUGUGUUUCAAAAUGGAGAAUCUGUGACUCAUCACAGUCCUGAUUCCUGGAUAUCCCAGUCAGCUUCAUUCCCUAGAAAUCAGAAGCAACCAGGUGUGGAUUCCUUGUCACCAGUGGCCUCCCUUCCUAAACAGAUUUUUCAGCCGUCUGCACAACAACAACCUUCUAAACAGGUUAAAGUCACAUGUGCAAAUUGUAAAAAACCCUUGCAGAAGGGACAGACUGCAUAUCAGCGCAAAGGAUCAGCUCACCUAUUUUGUUCCACUGCCUGCCUCUCAUCAUUCUCGCAUAAACCUGCUCCAAAGAAACUCUGUGUUAUGUGCAAAAACACAGAAUACGAAGUGAGACGUUCACACAGCACUUUUGUAGCUGGCAUUGCAAGAGAUAUAACAACAAUGAAAGGCACCAUUGUUGCUCAAGUUGAUUCCAGUGAGUCUUUCCAGGAAUUUUGCAGUACAUCAUGUUUGUCCUUCUAUGAAGACAAGCAUAAUCCCUCAAAAGGAAUCUUGAAUAAGUCAAGAUGCACUAUCUGUGGUAAACUAACUGAGAUUCGCCAUGAAGUUAGCUUUAAGAACAUGACUCAUAAGCUGUGUAGUGACCACUGCUUCAAUAGAUACAGAAUGGCGAAUGGUUUAAUAAUGAAUUGCUGUGAACAUUGUGGGGAGUACUUGCCCAGUAAAGGAGCUGGAAACAAUAUUCUUACGAUUGACGGUCAGCAGAAAAGAUUCUGCUGCCAAAACUGCGUUGGUGAAUAUAAACAGAAAUAUGGCAAAUUAACAACUUGUACUGGUUGCAGAGCUCAGUGCAGGUUUUUUGAAAUGACUCAGUGCAUAGGACCUAAUGGAUAUAUGGAGCCAUACUGCUCAACUGCAUGCAUGAACACACACAAAGCAAAAUAUGCAAAAUCACAAAGUAUGGGAAUUAUUUGCCACUUUUGUAAACGAAACACUUUACCUCAAUAUCAAGCCACAAUGCCUGAUGGAAAACUGUACAACUUUUGCAGUUCCAGUUGUGUAGCUAAAUUUCAGACUCUUAGUGUGCAGUCUUCAACCAAUGGUCAGUUUGUGUCUCCAAGUGACAUUCAACUGAAAUGCAAUUAUUGCAAAGGUUCUUUUUGUUCAAAGCCAGAAGUACUGGAGUGGGAGAACAAAGUAUUCCAGUUCUGCAGCAGAACUUGUUCUGAUGAUUAUAAGAAACUGCACUGCAUAGUUACAUACUGUGAAUACUGCCAAGAGGAGAAAACUCUGCACGAAAUGGUGAAUUUCUCCGGUAUCAAAAGACCAUUCUGUAGUGAAGGAUGCAAGCUGCUAUAUAAACAAGAUUUUGCAAGACGGUUAGGACUGAGAUGUGUUACUUGUAAUUACUGCUCACAGCUCUGUAAAAAGGGAGCUACUAAGGAACUAGAUGGUGUAAUAAGAGAUUUCUGCAGUGAAGAGUGCUGUAAAAAAUUUCAAGACUGGUACUUCAAGGCUGCCAGGUGUGACUGUUGUAAGUCUCAAGGAACUCUCAAAGAAAAAGUACAGUGGCGUGGAGAAAUGAAACAUUUCUGUGAUCAGCACUGCUUACUACGUUUCUACUGUCAACAAAAUGAACCUAAUAUGGCAACACAAAAAGGACCUGAAAAUUUGCAUUAUGAUCAGGGUUGUCAAAUUUCCCGAACAAAAAUGACAGGUUCAGCGCCACCCCCUUCUCCCACAGUUAACAAGGAGAUGAAGAACAAGGCAAUUCUUUGCAAACCUUUGACAAUGACAAAAGCAACAUACUGUAAACCUCACAUGCAGACAAAAUGUUGUCAGACAGAAGAUGAUUGGAAGAAAGAAUAUGUCCCAGUGCCUGUUCCUGUACCUGUUUAUGUUCCGGUACCCAUGCACAUGUAUAGUCAAAAUGUUCCUGUUCCAGCAAUGGUUCCUGUUCCAGUGCCAGUUCCAGUUUUUCUGCCCACCACUCUGGAUAGCAAUGAGAAGAUCCUUGCAGCAAUAGAAGAGCUGAGGGGUAAAGUUCCUUCAAAUCCUCUGGAGGCUGAGCUACUGACUAUAGCUGAGAUGAUGCCUGAAGAUGAUGGAAAAACAGAGUCUACAGAUUUGAACACGGCUGAAGAGCUUGAUACAGAAAAUGAAUUUUUGCUGCCUCUUGUCUUUGGGGAAGAAUAUGAGGAACAGCCAAGACCUCGACCUAAAAAGAAGGGAGUGAAGAGAAAAGCAGUGUCAGAAUACCAGUCUCAUGAUGAUAGCUCUGAGAAUUCAGAGUGUAGUUUUCCUUUCAAAUAUGCAUAUGGUGUAAAUGCGUGGAAACACUGGGUAAAAACUAGGAGUCUAGAUGAAGAUCUGCCAGUAUUAGAGGAACUGAAAUCAACAAAGUCUGUGAAAUUAAAGGAAGAUCUGCUAUUGCAUACUGUAGCUGAGCUAAACUAUGGCUUGGCAUGUUUUGUCAAUGAAAUUCGAAGACCAAAUGGAGAGAACUAUACACCUGACAGCAUCUAUUAUCUGUGUCUUGGGAUUCAGGAGUACUUGUAUGGAAGCAAUCGAAAAGACAAUAUAUUUGUUAAUCCAAGCUACCAGACAUUUGAGCAGGAAUUAAAUAAAAUCCUUAAAAGUUGGCAACCAAGCAUACUUCCAGAUGGGUCAAUAUUCUCUCGAGUUGAAGAAGAUUAUCUUUGGAGGAUAAAACAGCUAGGAUCACACUCUCCAUUUGCUCUUCUGAAUACACUGUUCUACUUUAACACUAAAUAUUUUGGCCUGAAAACAGUGGAGCAGCACUUAAGACUUUCCUUUGGCACUGUUUUUAGACAGUGGAAAAAAAAUCCUCGAACAAUGGACAGCAAAGCUUGUCUUCGAUAUCAAGUUUCUUCCCUUUGUGGAGCUGAUAGUGAAGAUAAAAUUACUACUGGAAAAAGGAAACAUGAAGAUGAUGAGCCAGUGUUUGAACAAAUUGAAAACACAUCAAAUCCUGCUAGAUGUCCUGUGAAAAUGUUUGAGUGCUAUCUAUCUAAGAGCCCACAGAAUCUUAAUCAGAGAAUGGAUGUGUUCUAUUUACAACCGGAAUGCUCCGUUUCCUCAGAUAGCCCUGUCUGGUAUACUUCCACUUCACUGGACCGCAACACUUUGGAACACAUGCUCGUACGGGUUCUUUUAGUAAAAGAUAUUUAUGAUAAAGACAGUUAUGAACUGGAUGAAGAUAUAGAUUAAAACAAACUUCCAAAAGCUGUCAGGAAAAACAAAACAGCAUUAGAUAGUCAUGCUGCUAGAUCUUUAUUAUGGAAACCAUUUCAAGUUUACUCUUCGUUUUAUGAGUUUUGUAGCAGUGUACCCUGACCUGGGUAUUACCAUGUAAAUAAUCCGUGAGUGAAAGUUGCCAUUAUCCUACGUAGUGAUUUUAGGAUACUUAACAAACACAUUCAAAUUCUUUUUUUUUUUUUAUUAUUUAUUUGAUUAGGUAUGUUUGUAACUUUUUACAUUGCAAAAUAUGAAUGAGAAUGUGCCAUGUGUAAUUUUUUUUCUUGUAGUAAGAAACAUCCAUAUUGCACAGCUCUACUGUUGCAAGCUUCCUUGAAAGGAGGCUCUUUUACUGGGUUCUUCAACCAGAUGGUUGUGUAUGGGUAGCACUACUAAAGUUUAGAACUUGCUGUGUCUUUCAGAAUUUUUAAAUAAAUUGUAAACUAUUAGGUUUUUUACUUUUUAGUUACUGAAGCCUUAUAAGGUUAUGUAGAGAGAUUCCAUCUUAUGUACCAAAAAUAGACAAAAGAGAAUGCUGUCAAUAUUGGUGUACUGUAAUGUGAAUCUAUAUUGGUGAAAACAACUUUUUUGUUGCCCUUAUUAAAACCUUAGUGUCCUUUCCUUAUUUGUGACUCUCUGAAUUGCCCCUUCAAAUAAAAUAUAUAUUAAAAAUGACAUAAGCGUAAGGCAUGUGAUCAUCUAGACAUUUAUUUUGUAAAAAUGUCUGAUGGCAAUGCUGUAAUUUUCUUUUCCAUUUUUAUUUUGCCAAACAUAAAUGCUGGUACCCCAUAUUUCUGUACAUCAGUCCUUCAUAGCCUUAGCAAAAGGGACUUUAAUGCAGUAUUACAAAAAGUAAUACAGUGUACUACAUUUUUAAACUUUUUUCAUUUGUCAUUGCUAUGCUGUACUUAAAUAUAACUAACAUUUGAUUGGGUUGUCAGAGUUCUUUUAACUAAUGUCUCCAUUAAAAAAACAGAAGACACAUGAAGUGGCAGAAAGUCAAAAGAUAAUUUUUAAAACAUCUGCUGUCCUUUGUUCUAUGUCUGUUCAAUAUAUUUAUUUUGCAUAAGGAAUCUGAUUUCCAGAUGUAUAUGUUUAGCCUCUGAAGUUUUGUUUGUUCCCUGCUCUUGUUUGACUAAUGCAGGCAAUAUGGUGGUUUGUGCAAUGAUAUUUCCUGUGGUACUCAAGAAAUCAUAGUACAGCAUUCUACUAUAAAGUAGGUAAUUGGUAUGGUAUUCCUAAUGAUUUAAGAAUCUAGUGAUAAGAAUCAAUUAUUGCUGAGAUGAAAGAAAGAAAAUGGUUUUUAUAGAUCUGAUCGCCAUGAGAUUCAUUUCCUGCAAAGAUGCACAACUUUUUCAUUUUCCUUUAUUAUAGAAGAAUGGAUAUAGGGAUGCUUGCUGCUAGUGCUUUUGUUUUGAUAAAGAAAUUUAUUUAAA